CGAAUCUUGUAAAAGAUUAGGCCAUUUCAUAAAACAAAUGUAUAGUAACUCGCAGAAAAUAUCUUCAAAAACAGUUAUAUUUAUUUCAGCUUUGCAUUUUAUUUUAAAUUGAGCAUUGAAGCUCCUUACGGGUCCUUUGGAAAGGAUUAAUCUUCUUCUCUAGCGAAGGGAUAGCAGUCUUAGUUCUGCAAUAGAAAAAAGAUUUGCUUUGAGAGGAGACGUAAGGUUGUCAAUUAAGAAAAAGCUGACUUUGUUUCAUUGCUAUAGGCAAGUUGGAACCAUUGGCUCUCGGGUCUAGGAUGUCAGUGCUGAAUCAGAGUGGAGAAGAACAGGUGGAAUGUCCACUAUGUAUGGAACCCUUGGAAGUGGACGACCUCCACUUCUACCCGUGUACAUGUGGAUACCAAAUAUGUCGGUUUUGCUGGAAUCGUAUUCGAGAAGGCGAGAACGGCCUCUGCCCAGCUUGUCGGAAGGCAUACCCAGAAAACCCGGCAGACUUCAUUCCUCUCAGUCAAGAGCAGGUGGCAGCGAUAAAGACGGAGAAGAAAGCCCGCGAGCAGAAACGUCGCAACAAGACGCUAGAGUCGCGGCGUGCGCUCGCGAACGUUCGCGUCGUACAGAACAACCUCGUGUUCGUCGUGGGCCUGCCCGUCAGACUCGCAGACCCGGAGAUUUUAAAACGGCAAGAGUACUUUGGAAAGUAUGGCAAAAUUCACAAAGUAGUUAUAAACCAAAGUACGACAUAUGCAGGGUCACAGGGUCCGUCCGCGUCGGCGUACGUGACGUACGUGUCGUCGGCGGACGCGCUGCGUGCCAUCCAGGGCGUCAACAACGUGACGCUCGACGGACGAGUGCUGAAGGGCUCGCUCGGCACCACCAAGUACUGCGCCAACUUCAUGAAGAACCAGCCCUGUCCCAAGCCCGACUGUAUGUACCUGCACGACCUAGGUGAUCCGAAGGCGUCCUUCACGAAGGAAGAAAUGCACGCCGGCCUGCAUCAGGUCUACGAGAGGAAGCUGCACAAUCAGCUGCUCGCCUCGCAGCAACGGGAUAAAAACAACGAGGACAAGCAACUUAACGGUUCAGGUAAUUCUAGUACGAAUGCAGAAAAGAGCGGUUCAAAAGAUGGUAAUCAAUCGAACUAUAUACCGACGACAGUGGUCACAUCGUCACAUAUAAACAACGUAGUCAAUUCUAAAUCUAAAGAGGAAUGUGCGAAUGGCAGUACCAGUUCGAGCAGCAGUAGCAGUAGCAGGAGCGACAGCAGUGAUAGCAGCAGCAGUAGUAGCGGUAGCAGUGCCAACGGGAAGGAAGCUUGGCCCAGCCUCGGGUCCUCCCCUCCUUCAGAUAGUCCCGCCAGAAAACAAACGAGUCCGAAACCACAACAAUUACACGUUAAGUCACAAGAAAACGGCAUAUCAGGGUCGUCCAGUCCCACGGAACUGCACACGGACACGGCACAGCAGCAGGCACAAACGAGAAACGUUAAAGAGACACACACCGACACAAACAGAACGAGAAAUAAAGACACGAACGGCACGAGCACACACACAAAGAAAAGUAAAAACGAAAAGUCCAAACACAAGCCCAGCCACAGCACCGACAGCGGACCCGCGGACGACGCGCCGCGCCCGCACUCCUCGGUCUUCGAGACAGACUCGCAACACAACUACAUCUCCAAUGACCUGGACGAAUUAGAAUCGGAUCGACAUAGCCUGCUGGAGACCCACGACCUGCUGGAGAGCAGCGACCACAGCCUGCUGGACGACGACACCCACGACCUGCUCAACGACGCCGGCGACGCCCUCAUGAUGCAGAGGCACCGAGACAUGCUGGCCGGGCUCGUCGACGGCGGUCACCUGCUGCCGCAGCUCAAGGGGCCCGUGCUGAACGGCUACGGAUUACUGGACAGAGAUAUUAGUUACGUUAACGAUAGGCCAAUUAGUCAAAUGAACCAGGGUUUGCUGGACCAGAAGGAGAUGCUGUUGAGGGAACGAGAACAGAGCGACAUGCUGCUGCGGCAGAGGGAGCUGCUGGCGCGGCAACACAACGUCAUGGUCGAGCCUAAGCAUUACAUGCCCGCCUCCAGUAUAGGAAUGGAAUCCGCUAGUGAACUAUUAGGUGCUAAUUACCACCGGAGCCCCAGCAUGGUGCCGGCGUUCGGCGCGCUGCCGCCCUACGCGCUGCCCCGGCCGCAGGUGCUGCACGCGCCGCCCGCGCACGCCGCGCACGCCGCGCUGCUCAACGGGUUCGACGCCGCACACAACAGCGAAGGUCGAUAUUUAGCGGAGAACAUGGAUAAGUUCUUCACGGACUUCCACAAGGCGCAGCAGCUGCGGCUGCACGCGCGCGCCGGCGACGAGCGGCGCUACCAGCUGCCGCGGAACGUGCUCAGCGCGGAGGCACUCGAGAUGGAACACAAGCAGAGAAUGAACAAUGUACGUAGUGGCGAGCCGGCGGGCCGGGCGGCGGGCGAUGGCGACGACGACUUAGACUUCGAUCCGUUUAAAGAGACACAGAAAGCGUUUGCGGAACUCAUGGAGAAUGAAAUGAUGCAAAAUGCCGUUUCGGGCGGUGACAACGCACGUCGAUCCAGGUUAGCGCCGCCGGGCUUCAGUCAUGUCAAUAACACGUACGGCGCCGGCGGGCCGCGCCUCCACGCCGCACAUCAAGGGUACAACACGAACAGUCCGAUGUUCUCGGACUGGACGCAGAUGGACCCCGCGAUCAUGUCGACUUCGGUGAGCGGCGGCAGCGGCCUGUCGCAGCACCAGCACGACAUGUUCGUGCGGUUCAACGCGCUGGGCGUGACGCAGGCGCCGCCCGCCCCGCCCGCCCAGCCCGCGCCCGCCUGGCCGCCCUACGUGCCCCUGCCGCCCGGCUUCACGCCCGCGCAGGCCGCCCGCCCCCGCCCCGAACCCAUCGACGCCAAGUGAACUUGUGAUAACCUUCCCCCCCAACACACAUAUAAUGAUAAAUAAACAGAGAGAUAUAAUAACAGAGGAAUUUGUAAAAUAAAUUAACGUAUUUUGUUUUAUUUAAUGGAAAUUAUUAUUUAUUCGAAUUCGGCCCGGUCGUUGCAAUAUUUUAUAUCGUUUCGCCUCACAAUAUUUGUAUGUUCGUUAUUAUAUUAUUAUUACCGGAUCGUGAACCGUGUUGUGGACAGAUUAUAUUUUCUAUAUUAUAAAUGAGAUGCCGUUGACUCGCUGUUCCAUUUGUACCUUAUAGUGACGUUAAUAUGAAAGUAAUUAAAAGCAAGAUGUUAAA